AUGAAGUUCUCCGCAGUGUUAGCUCUCUCCGCCGCCGUCAUGGCCUCUGCCAAGUCGGUCCGCAACCACUACCCUGUCCGCAGAGAUGGCCACAAGAAGGGAGAAAAGGGACAGGCUCAAGCUGGACAAAUCGCUGGUCUCCCCGCAGGCAUGACCGGGUUCGGAGUCUCCAACAGCCAGGUCACCGAGGUCAUUAUCAUUUGGGCGAACCCGGGUGCCGGAGCCCCUACGAUCAACAUCAACCCCCCCGCCGGUGGUGCCGCCGCCCCUCCCGCUGCUGCUCCUCCUGCCGCUCCUGCCGCUCCUCCCGCCGCGCCCCCGGCCGCUCCCCCGGCUGCUCAGCAAACUCACAAUGUCAUGGUCGGCGGUGCCGCUGGUCUCGUCUUCGUUCCCGAUCAGAUCAAGGCCAACGUUGGCGACAUGGUUGUCUUCACCUUCAUGAGCCAGAACCACACUGCUACCCAGUCCGCCUUCGCCACGCCCUGCGACCCCUUGGCUGGUGGCAUGAACUCCGGCUUCAUGGCCAACCCCAACAACUCCGUCAGCCCCCCUCCCCAGGUCGCCAUGCAAGUUAUGGUCUCUGAGCCUUUGUGGUUCUACUGCGCCCAGGCCAACCACUGCGGAAAGGGCAUGACCUUCUCCAUCAACCCCACUGCCGCGAAGACUCAGGCCAUGUUCCAGUCGAUGGCCAUUGCCCAGAAGGGCCAGGGUGCCGGCGGCGCCAUCACCGGAGGCACUCCCCCCGCUGCUGCUCCCGCCGCUCCCGCCGCCUCUGCCCCUGCCGCCGCCCCCCCUGCCGCCGCUCCUGCUGCGCCUGCCGCGCCUGCCGCGCCUGCUGCCGGUGGCGAGAUCCAGCAGGGCACUGGACAGAUCAACGGCAACGGUGCUUGCGUAUGCUCCGUCACCUGCUCUUCAGGAUCCUUCCCCGCAGUCGGAGCACAAGGCGUCGGCUCUUUCGGCGGCAUGGCAGGAUCUCUCCCCAUGGCUAUGAUGGAGGCCUAA